GACAGCCAAACCUCCCGACACAACACAAUUACACGCCGUGGCCGGGUGGACAGAUAUCAUGCAGUCACAUGCAACGAGUUUACUCGUAGCAGAUAAACACGAGCGCCAUCUGUCUCCUUCCGGUGCGUGGAGCUUUCCCCCCCCGCGGAGUGUCAUUUAGGGUGGGGGGUCAGUGUCGGGGGCAUCAGGAAUGCUUCUUCCGGUCUCAAAGAGCGUGAACAACUAGCGGAAGUCGAAGUGGUUUUUGUAGUCUGUCAACAAAGUAUCAGAUUCCCACCUGUGCUUCCACUUGGUGCGCCUCGCCUACAUCGCCAGUCCCCUCCUUUGUCUUUUACAUCAAGACCCCUGGAUCUCUUCCACGUCUCCUCACUGGACAACUACCUCCAAUCCACUCGUGCAAUCUGCUUUCUCAGGCCAGAAGAACCAACCGUCAUCCCCCCGGAAGAACCCACAACUGGUGCUCCCUCAGUGGGGGAGGGAGGGGAAGGAAGGCAGCGUAACAUUGUGCCGCUCCCCCCUAGAGAUGAAGCUGCAGGCCGUCAUGGAGAACCUGCACAGGCAGCAGAGGGCCAAGCUGAUGAUGGAGCAGCAGCUUCAGCAGCAAGCGGCCAUCCAGCACUCUCAGAUCCGCAUCAGUGCAGGAGCGGGCGACGAGUCCAUAAACAUCCCGGCCGCUGACAACGAGCAGGCCCAGUUGGUGGCCCUGGCGGCAAUGCGUGCGGCUGCGGCCGGAUUACAGAGGGUGUCGGACAGCCGCAUGUCUGACAGCCGCAUGUCAGACAGCCGCAUGUCGGAGCGAAGCAGCGGCAGCGAGGAGGAAGGUGAAGACGACGACAACGAAGGCGAAGAGCAAUACAAAGACAUGAUGGGGUCGGAUGAGGAGGAGCAGAUCAAACAGAAGUGGGACGAGGAGGACUUUGAAGGCGAGAUGGAAGAAGACUUCGACGACGACCUGGCGGAGGAAGAGCUGCCGACAGGCCACAACGCGGUGGUGCCCGGGAAAGGCAUUCUCCUACUGCCACACCGCCAGCUCCACCCGCACUCUCAGCUGCUGAAAGCCCGGCCCAGCGUCGACCAAGAGCCCCGUGUAGCCAUCUUGCCUCCGAACGCCACACACAGCCUCCAAGGGGGCCAAGACCAUGGGGAGUGGACCUAUGAGGAGCAGUUCAGACAGCUCUAUGAACUGGAUGGCGACCCAAAAAGAAAAGAGUUUCUGGACGACCUCUUCAGCUUCAUGCAGAAAAGAGGUACCCCGGUGAAUCGUAUUCCCAUCAUGGCCAAGCAGGUCCUGGAUCUGUACAUGCUCUACAGGCUGGUGACAGAGAAGGGCGGCUUGGUGGAGGUCAUCAACAAGAAACUGUGGCGGGAGAUCACCAAGGGACUCAACCUGCCUACCUCAAUCACCAGUGCAGCCUUCACCCUCCGCACACAAUACAUGAAAUACCUGUACCCGUACGAAUGUGACAAGAGGGGCCUCAGCAACCCCAACGAACUCCAGGCGGCCAUUGACAGCAAUCGGCGGGAAGGCCGACGGCAGAGCUUCGGCGGCUCUCUCUUCACCUACUCCCCCAACGGCACACCAACCAUGCUGUCUUCGCCAAAGCUCUCCACACCCACGAUGGGCUUGACAAUGGGCACCAAUGGGUCCUCGCUCACCCCCAUUCAGAAGAUCAGGAAAGAAGAAGGUGGUCAACCUUUCGUGGGAAUUGGCAUGCCGCGCAUACCGGCGGGAGCCUUGGCGGGUCAUUCGGUGGCUGCGGUGCAGGCGGCGGCGGCCCAGGCGGCCAUGACAGCUCAGGUGGCGGCUUUGGAGCAGCUGAGGGAAAAGCUCGAAGCUGGUGAGCCACCGGAGAAGAAGAUGGCGCUGCCAGCUGAGGAGCACCAUCGACUGCUGCAGAGAGCACUGCAACACAACCUGCUGGCCAUGACAGCCCAGAUUCCCCCCAUGAACGUCCGCAUCAACCAACUAGAUAGUAGACAGGACUCCGCCAUGAACCUCACCACCAAUGGCACAAACAGCAUCAGCAUGUCAGUGGAGCUCAAUGGAGUCAUGUACACUGGUGUCCUUUUUGCUCAGGCAGCAGCUGGGUCAGCCCCGUCGGGCGCUUCCCUCUCCAGCAGGGCUGUGGGCAGUCGCCUCGCACCUCAACCGCCACCGCAGCAGCAGAACAUACCUACCUCAACCUCCAACAACCCAGUGUCUUAACAAAGCCUCAGCCUUUCCUCCUUUUAUUUUAUUUUUUAGAUAUCAUGCUAAGUAAAGCCAAAAAACAAGCUCAUUUUCUACAUAGUCUAUGCCAAAAACAAAAAAAACAAAACCUACACAGAGACACAAACUGUAAGUCACUCACUUGAAACACACACUCAGGUUUUCUGUCAUCAAUUCACCUCUUUUGUUCUUCAUAGUCAACGAUCAUUUUGGAGGCGAGCCUCCACACAGAGAGCCAGUAUAUGUAAAAGACGUGUGUAUGUACAACCUGUGAAUUAUUUAUUUCUGCAUACAUGUACAGUUAAUGGAAGAACAAAAGAGAAAGGGGGACAUGCACUGUUUACACUCACAAACACAGCUACUGACUGACAGUAAUGUUUUACAUUCUCUUUAUUUUGCUAUAUAUCUAUAUUAUUUUUAUCAUUUAAAUCUUUAUCAAUCCUCUCACUGCGGGGUGGGGGGAAAAAAAAUCAUCUAUAUAUUUAGAGGUCUAUAGAAAAAGUACAGAAUAUCUUCUAUUUUUAAUCAGAAAAGCUUUAAAAAGUAUAUGUGGUUUCUUUGGGCAUAUAACAAUGCACCAUUAUGACCUACUUCUGUGGAAAACCAGAGACCUUAUUCGCACGGCGGACGUUUUUCCAGCAGUCUUGUGCUCCUGUUUGGUGAAACGAAACCCGGGCGACACAUCUCGAAUCUGAAACGGGAGGAUUUGAGGAUUGUUAUGUUUAUUUCUAUUAAUAUAUUGGGCCAGACGAGGUGAUGGCGCGACGUCCCCGCGGAAUUCACGCCGUGUUGUCUUCUCCGGUUUUGCAGUAAAGCGUCAAAGCUUAGUCUUAGUCCUGGAUGACUGUUCCUGCAAGUACAUUGGUACCUCGGUUUGCGGGGGUAAUCAAAAUAGGAUGAAAUCUGAAGCAAUUACAGAUAAUCCAUUAAUCCCAUCCAGACACCCAAAACAUGACCCAAAAACACAUUCUAUAGUUUUUUUUCUUGAAUUCAAGUGUUUUUUCUUUAUCAUAGUGCUUGAACUUGCAACUUUCUUUGGCCCCAUGGGGACUCUACCAGCGACUGAGUCACCAACGUAUUCGAUUGUGGGGAUGAUACACCAAAAAAAGCGCAAUAUCUAAGCCGUGCAAUAACCUAGAUCAGUGGUUCUCCAACUUUUCUCACCAAGUGACACCACGGAAAACUCUUGCCUCUCCAAUAUUGACCAAUAUUAAAAUACAGUAGCGUAAUAAGCCUAAGUAUUCAUUAAAAACAAGGCAGAUGUUUUAUUGAACAAGUGUAUUUCAUAUUUUUUGGUAACAUUACACACAGUUUGAACAGUAACAAUGUGUUUGAAUAUAGAACAAAUAAAACACUGUACUUUAAUCAAGUGAUUAUUUGGGGUACCACUACUGGUACCCGUACCACAGUUUGACAAUCACUGGCCUAGGUUGUCUGUCUAUCUGUGUUGGCCCUGUGAUGAGGUGGCGACUUGUCCAGGGUGUACCCCGCCUUCCGCCCGAAUGCAGCUGAGAUAGGCUCCAGCACCCCCCCGCGACCCCAAAAGGGACAAGCGGUAGGAAAUGGAUGGAUGUAUUUAAUAUUUUUGGUAACAUUACACACAAUUUGAACAGUAACAAUGUGUUUGAAUAUGUGAAUGUUGUCUGUCUAUCUGUGUUGGCCCUGCGAUGAGGUGGCGACUUGUCCAGGGUGUACCCCGCCUUCCGCCCGAAUGCAGCUGAGAUAGGCUCCAGCACGCCCCGCGACCCCAAAAGGGACAAGCGGUAGAAAAUGGAUGGAUGGAUGGAUGUCUUUAAUAUUUUUGGUAACAUUACACACAAUUUGAACAGUAACAAUGUGUUUGAAUAUGUGAAUGUUGUCUGUCUAUCUGUGUUGGCCCUGCGAUGAGGUGGCGACUUGUCCAGGGUGUAUACCACCUUCCGCCCGAAUGCAGCUGAGAUAGGCUCCAGCACCCCCCGUGGCCCCAAACGGGACAAGCGGUAGAAAUUAGAUGGCUGGAUGGACGUAUUUAAUAUUUUUGGUAACAUUACACACAAUUUGAACAGUAACAAUGUGUUUCAAUAUGUGAAUGUUGUCUGUCUAUCUGUGUUGGCCCUGCGAUGAGGUGGCGACUUGUCCAGGGUGUACCCCGCCUUCCGCCCGAAUGCAGCUGAGAUAGGCUCCAGCACCCCCCCGCGGCCCCAAAAGGGACAAGCGGUAGAAAAUGGAUGGUUGUAUUUAAUAUUUUUGGUAACAUUACACACAAUUUGAACAGUAACAAUGUGUUUGAAUAUAGAACAAAUAAAACACUGUACUUUAAUCAAGUGAUUAUUUGGGGUACCACUACUGGUACCCGUACCACAGUUUGACAAUCACUGGCCUAGGUACAGUGGAAAAUGUAUCAACUUAAUUAGUUGUUAAGCAGGGUCAUAAAUCGAAAAGUUUGUACAUUGAAGCAAAGUUCUCCAUAAGAAACGUGAAGAAUGGGUUCCACAUUUUAGUCAAAGUUUAAACACAAUAUAGAGCGCUAUACAGCACUGUGUGUCAAACAUACAUAACAAGGGGGCGACGGAUCAACUUUAUAUUCAAUAACAAAACCAAAACAACAACAACUCGCUGAGCCGCCCUGCCGACACGCACACACACUGCCACAAGCCCUGUGGUGCACUCAGUUUGAAAUCACAAAACUCCUUCACUUUAACCGCCAGGUGGCUACAGUGAUUUUGGAACAGAAAAUAAAAAUAUUACCUUGUUGGUUAUUCUUAUCGGUGGGUAGAGGGGGAGGAAGUGUCGACAACGCUGCGGAUACUUCCUGAACGUUUCAAACCACGCAUCCCUCGUCCAUUGCUUCCUUUGAGCCAGCAUAACAAGAAGAAUGUUGUAAAAAGGCUAAUAUGAGCACUUCAAAAGCACACAAAGUAGCACGCCAGUUGCGCUGCUUGGCACAAAAUGGGUGGAUGGAACGUUUGUACGCUGAGACGAAGUUCGUACAACAAAUAAUACUUUUCUUUCCGCCUUGAGAAGUUUGUAUAAUGAGGGGUUUGUAAAUCGAUGUUCCACUGUGUACGAAAAAAACGGGCAAAUGUUCACAGGAAAAGCGAGGUACCAUUGUACUUGUCCUACUAAGAAUGUUCUCAGGUGUCCGGUUGGCGAAUCGUCGUGUUUGCAAAGCGGGAAAAGAUCACUUCCGAUCGUUUUAAUAUCUGUUUUUAAGCUUGUCUUUCUCGUGAAGUGAUUUGUCUUAAGGUCCGAUGCAUGUGCGUUGUUUGUGGAUAAAGCUUAAAAGGAAACAUUUCCUUUUCGUCUGUCCUUGUUGCCGCGGAGACGCUCCACCGGACAAUCAGGCGUCAGGAGAGCUGUGCUUCAGAGGAUAUAUAUUUAGUUUUAGCUCAUAUCUGCCACUUUCUUGUUGCUUUUCGGUGUGUUUUUAUAGAUGUCGGAUACAUUUAUUUGUUGUGUUUUUCAUUUGGCAUGACUUUGAUCCAAGUGCUUCUUACAUAGCCUUGUGCUGCUUGGAGGACCAUGUCCGUCUGCGGGACACAAACAGAGACGCCGUCUCUGGCCUCCUCGGACGCGGGCGCUUUUGAAAAUGUCUUUGCAGUUUGAACUAGCUCAAUUAUUCAAUGUCGUGACCUUUUUUUUUUUACCUCUCUUGUUAAAAGAUUGUCCCUCAUCUCGUACCACACUACGCCAAACAACCUCAUUCGUACUAAAGCUAAGGUUUGUUUCUUGAGGCCUUAAACAGUAUGACAGUCUUUUUUUUUU